UGUUUUAUACAUUGCCUAGCUGCUCAUGAGAAAGGUCGAUACAAAAUGCUCGAAAUCAUAACUGUUAUCGCUAUUUUACUUUUUACUAUUUAUCAUUACUGUAAAAAAACUACAUCUGGACUCCCUGGUCCGGUCGGUCUUCCAUUCUUCGGAGUUAUUUUUCGAAUUGAUUUCAGUCGAUUGCAUUUGAGAUUAUACGAGUGGACUACCAAAUAUGGAGACAUUUUUCAGUUUUCUGUACUCGGGAAAAGCUACAUUUCUUUAAACUCUGCCGAGAUAAUUCGGGAGGUUUUAGGCACGGAGCCAAAUGCAACAAUAACAUCAUCUCGGGAACCGUCAUUUUUCGGCGAGUACUGUAUGGAAAACUAUUCAGAUAUUGCAUUUUCUCCAAUUGACAAGGAAUGGACGAAGAGAAGAAAAUUGGUUCACAAACUGUUACAUUCCUAUGGAGAGGGUAUUCAAUUAUUAGAAGAUGAAGUUCUGAAGAAACUGAAAAAUGUCAAACGAUAUGUGGCUGAAAAUGGAAAUAAAGAUCUCGAUCCGCAUUAUGUGGUGGAGGAGUUCCUGUUCGAAAAUCUGGCUUCAUUGGUAGCUGGAACGACUGAUAAACAGUUACAGAUGUGGAUGAAAGAAAUGGACGAAACAUCAAAUGAAAUUGCAUCACCAAUUGUUGACCUGAUGUUUAGAACCUUCCCUGUUCUGUUGAAGUUGCCAUUUUCUAUAACCAAGAAACCGUCUUACUGUAAAAACACCAUUAACGAAGUAAUAAACAGCAUAAGAAAUAUAUCAAUUGAAAAAGAUAUUAAACAAGGGAUGUACUACGAAAUAAAAAAUGGAGCUGAGAAACAUGGACACCUUAUUUCGGAAAAAGAAAUAAGAGGCAUUUUUGCCAAUGUUAUUGGAGGAGGUUUCUUAACGUCCAGAGGAACUCUUAUGUCAGUGAUCUAUCUUUUGGCCGAGUACCCAACUAUUCAAAAGAAAAUACAAGAUGAAAUAGAUGACGUCGUCGGCGAAAGAGAGGCUCACGUCACAGACCGCCAUUCUUGUCCACUGACCGAGGCAUUUCUGUUGGAAACACUGCGGUAUAUAUCGCAUACACCGCUGUCUCUUCCACACUAUGCAUCAGAGACAUGUUCCAUCAGAGGUCAUACAAUAGAAAAAGGAACCACGAUACUGACUAACUUAUGGACAGUUCUUCAUAGCAAUGAAUGGGGAGAUCCUUUUACCUUUAGACCGGAUCGAUUCCUAGACGAAUCCGGAUUGCUGUUGCCUGCUUCCCAUCCCAGUAGGCAAAGUUUGUUGAUGUUUGGAUUUGGCAAACGAGCAUGCAUCGGAGAAGUCUUUGCAAAGAACCGUGCAUUUUUGUUUUUCGCUACCUUGAUCCAAAUCUGCACCGUAACGAAACCUUCAGACGAAAUCUUGACACAUCUUGAUCCUAGGGAAAUGAUGCCAGGCCUUGUUCUCCAACCAAAGCCAUACAAAGUACAGUUCAAGUUAAGGAAUAAUUUUGCUUGACUUAUUGUCAACUGAGAGGAGACUGAAGUCACCAAAACUUGACAGGAUGACAUACAUGUAGCCCUGCAAUUCCGCAAAUUUAAAACCUUUCUAUCAAAUUAAGUUUCCUGAAUGUUUAUUCAGAGCUCAAAUGUUGUGAAAUAAUAUUGUUAGAUAUAAAGUUAAAAUAUUAUAUUAAGGUUCAAAUACUAAUACCAGAUUGCAAUGUAUAUUUACUUUUGAUGUGAGUUUGAUUUGUGUAUAUUUUCUUUUUUAAUCUAUUUUAUCAAUAUUUAAUCAAAGAGAUAUAGCGCCUUUUCCCAUUAUUCGCCUACACCUGUGUUUGGACGGAAAUUACCUGUUACUAAAAAUAGCUUCAGGUACCUAGCUGUCGCAAUGAUUCUCGAAACCUGGGUACACUGUACUGAUUUUAAAAUUGUGUCUGUAACAACUGAUUUGUUAUAAAUUUGGGAAACUCUGUGUAUAACAGUAGUUGAUAUUCUGAACCGUGAUAAGUUCAAGCAAAAUGCAAUGGAUCUAAGUGUAUAUGUAUAUAGAGUACAUAUGUACAUGUAUAGUGUUCGUGAAGAGAUCUAUAUAUAUUUGGUGUGCUCAUACUCAGUCUGAAUUCAACAAGAUAAUUAAAAAAAAAACCCAGAGGAAUAGAUACAUGUAACUUAACCUCUCUAUUCUGUUCAUGUUUCAAUUUAAGUGAAAAAUUACUACUUAUGGCUAUAUACAUGAUUGUAAUAGAAAAGAUACAUGUACUAAUUGAAAUAUUUGUCUAAUUUUUAGUACGAAGAGCACGUUAAACCAAAACUAAUUCAAUGUAAACGUGUACUACAAUACCUGUAGAACAUAAUUUUAUUCGGAUGUCUUUGGUUUAGAGUGGUUCAAAUAGUAAAUUAUCCAAUUUUUUAUCGUAUACUAACUACAUUCUUAUAUAUUCUUAACAAACCUGAAUAUUUUAAUGAUGUCAUGUAAAAUGAUAACGACUCUUAGAGCAUGAUGAUUGUGUAAUUUGCGUUUCUUUGCUAUUAUUUAAACUAAAUAUUGUAUAAUAUUAAAAAAAAUGUCUGAUGUUUGCAAAAGGCUAUAUUUUAGGCCAAAUCGUAUAUUAAGUGCGCUAUACCUCUUUCUAAAAUAAAAAAAAUAUAUUGUAA